UUAGAACAAUUGAUAGCAGAGCAGUGAGAUGAAAUUUAGAUAAGGACGCCAUGACAGUGUGGGGGAAGCCCAAUAAAUGCCUCGAAAAAUGGCGUCGAUGAUCACACACGUGAUACUACGCGUUUUUCGAGGAGUGGUCUAUCUUGCUCCUCUAUAAUCUUUGCUGAUUACACUGCGAGAGGGAUUUACAAAGUCGGGUCGGGUUACUGAAAUGGACGAAGAAAUGCCCCACGUUCCGCCCCGUUGCAUUGCGUUGCGUUACGUUACGUUACGUUGCGUACUACACGUCAGCCCAUUGCAUUUAGCAGGAGUGGACUAUUUUGCUCCUUAUAGGAUCUCUGGUGUUUAUCAGCCGCAGCGCCCCCUGCUGUGCCGGAGGACACAGCGAUCGCUUGGUUGUUCGGCCUGCAGGGAAGGUGACUUGAUGGUUGGCAGGCAACGAGACUGACCGGCGUCCGUGGAAGAAGCAGCAGCAGCAGCAGCAGCAGCGGGCCCAGGGGUGGCGGGUUCAUGGCUCACUGCGUGUAUCCGAGGCCGGGCUCAGGGUCGGGGUCGAUCCCGGUGUUGGAGCAGGUUGGCCGGGCCAGCGACAGACACGCACGGAUCCUGCUGGCCCAGAUCAACCGCAUGAGGGCCCGCGACGACUUCUGCGACGUGCGGCUGCAGGUGGAGAGCCAGGUCUUCAGCGUCCACAGGCUGGUGCUGGCCGCCAGCAGCCCCUACUUCGCCGUGCUCUUCGCAGGGGGCUUGCAGGAAACCGGCCAGAGCCUCGUCCACAUCCACGGCAUCGAGGCAGAAACCUUCACGCUGCUGCUUGACUAUAUUUACACCGGUGUCAUCAGUGUCAGCAUAAAAAAUGUACAAGAGGUGAUCCUUGCUGCAGACAUGUUGCAGUUAACUGAGAUUGUGAACAUGUGCAGUGGAUUUUUGAAAGGGCAAAUUGACCCCUCAAACUGUGUUGGAAUUUAUCAAUUUGCUGAGCAAAUUGCCUGCCAUGAUCUUGCCGAAUUCAGUGAAAGUUAUAUUUAUGUCCACUUUCUGGAGGUCUGUAAAACUGAGGAGUUCAUGGGAUUAGCCAAAGAUCAAUUGGUUAAGAUUUUUAAAAGUGAAGAACUCCAGAUUGAAGACGAAUAUCAGGUUUUCACAGCUGCUAUGGAAUGGGUUCUUCACGACAUGGUCAAAAGGAAAAAAUAUGUGAUUGAAAUUCUGGAUCCUGUUCGGUUCCCUUUGCUCUCUUCACGGAGAUUAUUCAAGUAUAUCGAAGGUAUUUCUGAUUUUAGUUUACGAGUUGCCCUGCAGAAGUUGCUGGAGGAAUACAGGGAAGUCAAUAAACCUCAAAAAGAAAUCAAGUUUAAUAAAAUGCCACCUGCAUCAAAGAUUCGUCCUCGAAGGAAAGCCCGGAAGUACUUCUAUGCCAUAGGUGGUUACACACGUCUUCAAGGAGGUCGAUGGAGUGAUAGCAGAACUCUUAGUUGUGUGGAACGUUUUGAUUCAUUCAGUCAAUACUGGACAACUGUAUCCUCUCUCCACCAGGCUAGAAGUGGGUUGGGUGUUGCAGUGCUCGAGGGGAUGAUCUAUGUAAUUGGUGGUGAAAGUGAUUCCAUGAUUUUUGACUGUGCUGAGCGAUAUGAUCCAGUUACUAAGCAAUGGGCAGCCGUGGCCUCCAUGAAUUCUCCUCGAUGUGGACUUGCUGUAUGUGCCUGUCAUGCUGCUAUAUAUGCUCUAGGAGGCUGGGUUGGAGCAGAUAUUGGGAAGACGAUGGAAAGAUUUGACCCUUUGGACAAUAAAUGGGAAGUUGUUGGUGACAUGAUAGUCCCUCGAUACUUCUUUGGUUGCUGUGAAAUGCAAGGCUUAAUUUAUAUUGUUGGAGGUUUAAGUGACUCGGGGUCUGAGCUCUGUUCAGCUGAAAUGUUCGAUCCCAUUGCAAAACGUUGGAUGACAUUGGAGAGUAUGAAAACAAAACGAGUAUAUGUUGGAAUAGCAGCUCUGAAUGACUGUGUUUAUGCCGUUGGAGGAUGGAAUGAGACCCAAAAUGCUCUGCGGACAGUAGAGAAGUACUCCCUUCAGGAGGAGAAGUGGUUUGAGGUUUCAUCAAUGAAUGUGGCAAGGGCAGGUGUUUCAGUCAUCGCUGUAAAUGGGCUCCUUUAUGCAGCAGGAGGUCGAACCUCAGGUCGAGAUUCUUCAGCUCCUGUUACUCUAGACUCUGUGGAAGCCUAUGAUCCUCACACCGAUACAUGGAUGGAAAUCGGGAACAUGAUAACGAGCCGCUGUGAUGGAGGUGUAGCCGUACUUUGAUUGUUGAUGACUGUAUCUCAGAUAUUAACUAAGAGAGAAUCUCCCAUCAUGUAUUUCCGUUGUAAUGAAGGAAAUUUUCAUGAUUUAAACAGCUGUUUUUGGGUUCCAACUUGGCUCAGCAUAGAUUCACUGUCACAAAACGUAAAUAGAAAGUACAGGCCAUUUGCACUUCAAGCAAGCUCCUCUAUUUGAUGAUUUGUGGUAGAUCUCAAUUCUUUCCUCACUAGCCCUCUAUUCCCAAUGACUUCAGUUUAAGAAUAUUUUCUGUUUUCAAUAUUGUCAAUCAAUGAGCAUCCACAGCUCACUAGAGGUAGAGAAUGGCAAAUAUUUAAAACUAUGUGGAAAAAAAUUAUCUUCUUCAUAUUUAAAUAUGUAAAAUAAAAAGAUGUACCACCCAAUUUGUGCACAACACACUUGCACAAAUGAUCGUGAGACACUGACGUAAUAAUCUGUUGUAGUGAAAUUGAAUGAGAGAUGAAUAUUAGCCAGGAAUCGUUUUUGAAACAAUGUCAUUAAACAUGGAACAUCAGCCAAGAUUUACGUACUCCGGUGUAUGGAGUGAGGUUUCAAUACCUCUCUUCUGAAUUAGUAGCAGAUUCGUACCAUCUAACUCAUAGGUGACACUAAUCAAACUUUGACUGAGCAUACAAAUAUUUUAAAACUGUACAUUGAAGUUCAGGAAAAAAACUUGAAACAUUAUCCAGCAUUUUGUAUAAGCCUUUAAUUUAUUGCAUAUUGGUGUGUGGAUGUUUUGAAUGACAUUUUCAGGAAGUCAUAAAGUGAUGGAACACGGACAGGCCCUUCAGCCCAUGAAGUUCGUGCCGACUACCAACCACCCACUAACAUUAAUCGUAUAUUAAUUCCCAUUUUCCAUGAAUGCAACCAGUGAAAGUUUACAAUGGGAGUGUUCAAUAAUACCAGUGCCUUUUUUUAGUGCUCUCCAGUGUCCCUAUUGUCUUUGGAGACAAUUUUAAUAAUUAUUACAACAUCUAACAGCACACAAUAUUGUGAAUUUAAUGGGUAUUGGUAUUAAUUGUAAUUACUUUUAGUAACUAUUUUCUUAAUAAAUAUGUUGAACUAUG